CUUCCUUCGUUAUGGCUUCCUACGAANAAGGAGGACCCGAUCCUGAGAUCGCAAAGACGGCCUCAUACGAUUAUGAAAACCAGGAUAUCACUGCCAUUAAGGAAGGAACCUCGAAUGACCUUCCCGGAGAGCAGCUCCAGCGUGGUCUGCACUCACGACAGGUUUCUAUGAUUGCCAUUGGUGGUGCACUUGGUACUGGACUUAUUAUCGGAACCGGUAAAGCUCUUGCUCAAGCUGGCCCCGGAUCUAUCUUGAUCGCAUACAGUUUCGUUGGUCUUCUUGUCUGGAUUGUCAUGGCUGCCGUCGGUGAGAUGGCUGCUUGGAUUCCUGUUGCUGGUGGUUUCUCACCUUUUGCUACGCGUUUCUGCGACCCUGCUCUUGGUUUUGCUCUCGGAUGGACUUAUUGGUUCAAAUACAUCAUUGUCACGCCCAAUCAGUUGACGGCUGCAGCGUUGGUCAUAUCGUAUUGGGUUGACGCAGACAAAGUCAAUCCUGGUGUCUGGAUCACGAUUUUCCUGAUUGCGAUCGUCGCCAUCAACUACCUGGGUAUUCGUUUCUUUGGAGAAUUCGAGUUCUGGCUCUCUUCGAUCAAGGUCCUCGUGGUCUGCGGCAUGAUUAUUCUUUCUCUUGUCCUCGCACUUGGAGGUGGCCCUGAUGGCGAUAGAAAGGGCUUCCGCUACUGGAACAACNCCUGUGGGUACCUCGGAGCCUUCAAGGAGUACAAGGGCGAGGGCGCAGCCGGUCGCUUCUUCGGAUUGUGGAGUUCAAUGGUUACCGCUGUGUUCGCCUACCUUGGAACUGAGUUGGUUGGUGUAACCGUCGGUGAAGCUGAGAAUCCUCGCAAGACCAUCCCCAGAGCCAUCAGAUUGACCUUCUUCCGUAUUGUCUUCUUCUACAUCCUGUCUGUCCUCCUCGUCGGCAUGAUCGUGCCGUACAACAGCGACAAGCUCGCUUUUGCUACCAAGCAGUCGAACUCUGCUGCUGCAUCGCCUUUCGUCGUCGCUAUACAGCUUGCUGGCAUCAAGGGUCUCCCCGGAUUCUUAAACGCUUGCAUUCUGAUCUUUGUCUUCAGUGCUUGCAACUCUGAUCUUUACAUCGCCAGUCGCACCAUCCACGGUCUUGCUCUCCGUGGUCAAGCACCCAAGAUUCUGGCCAAAACCGACAAGCGUGGUGUUCCUUACUACUCUCUCGGCCUCUCGACUUGCUUCUGUUUGUUGGCAUACAUGAACGUCUCAUCCAGCAGCAAGGAGAUUUUCGGCUACUUUGUCAACUUGACCACCAUCUUCGGUCUCUUGACCUGGAUCUCCAUCCUCGUCACCCACAUCUACUUCCGCCGUGCUUGCAAGGCUCAAGGUGUUACCNCCAAGCAGCUGCCCUACGCCGCACCCCUCGGUAUCUGGGGCUCCUACUUCUCCCUCUUCUGGUGCUGUCUCAUCGCUCUGACCAAGAAUUUUGCCGCCUUCACCCACGACAAGAAGACUUAUGGUAAGUUUGACUACAAGAACUUCAUCACUGGAUACUUGGGUAUUCCUCUGUACUUGAUCCUCCUAUUCGGAUACAAAUUUAUCAAGAAGAGCAAGGGUGUUAAGCCUCACGAGGCUGAUCUGUUCACUGGCAAGGAUGUCUUUGAUCGUGAUGAGGAGUACUGGAAGGCUGUCGAGCAUGAGAAGGAUGCUAAGCGUGAUGGCAGCUGGUUCUACAGAACCUUCCUUUCUUGGCUGUUC